UAAUUGUCUAUGGUUUACUUUAAUAACCUCAAAAUUAGUGAAAUUGUAAUUUGUAAAAGUGGAGAAUUUGCUUGUUGAUUGUAUUUAUUUAUAAUAACCAUGAACGGAAUAAGGAUUGUGCAACGUCUACCUUUCCGCCAGUGGCGUUCGUUAUCACGAUGCUCAAUUUUGCAUCAAGAAGUAGCCCAAGCGGCGACCCCCCUCUCAGUGCCCGUACCAGAGGGUGUGGACAAGCCAGUUUCCGCCAAAAUCGAGAAGAUUGUCUCAGAAAUCACCACCUUAAGUCUCCUGGAAGUGUCGGAGCUGAGUCAAGUGUUGAAGAGGAGGUUGAACUUGCCCGAUGCCCCGGUGAUGCCCGUAGGAGGGUUCGCCAUGGCGGCCCCGGCUGCGUCUGAUGAGGAAGAAGCCCCUAAAGCUGUCAAGUCGAGCUUUACUGUGAAAAUGACUAAAUUCGAUGACAAGCAAAAGGUAGCCCUCAUCAAGGAAGUGAAGGGUCUACUCGAAGGCUUCAACCUGGUACAAGCCAAGAAGUUUGUGGAGAGUGUACCAACAGUCGUGAAGGCUGACAUCGGCAAGGAUGAAGCUGAGAAACUGAAGGAAGCGUUAACCAAAGUUGGAGCAGUGAUAGAAAUUGAAUGAGCUAGAUUUUAGGAUUAUAUCUUAGUGUAUAUUUGUUAGAUUUUAUUAAAAGCUUAUAAGUUC